AUGGAAUUCAGGCAUACACCAAGGACUCAGAAUGAGUUUGCCGAUGCUUUAUCCACCAUAGAAUCAAUGAUCCAACAUCUCGAAAGUAGUCAUAUUGCCUCAUUGGAAAUCAGUCUGAAAGAGGAGCACACCUAUUGUUCUCACAUGGAAGCCGAGCCAAAUGGAAAACCAUGGUAUAAUGACGUCAAGUUGUAUUUGGAGAAGCGGGAAUAUCCCGAAGACAUUGCGAGUAAUCAAAAGAAAACCAUCCGAAGAAUGGCCAAUGGUUUCUUCCUAAACAAAGAAAUAUUGUACAAGCAGACCCCGAAUUUGGGUUUGCUCCAAUAUAAAGACGCAGCUGAAGCCACAAAGAUGUUAGAAAAAGCAUGCGCCAGGACCUGUAGGCCUCAUAUGAAUGGUUUUGUGCUAGCUAAGAAAAUACUCCAGGCAUGA